UGGGGAUGAUAAAAAAUUAUGAUAUCACUUUUCAACCGAAGAACAAUGCCUAUCCUUCCUUGUUUCAAUGAGUCCUUCUCCUCAUUCUUCACAUUCAUCUUCUUCAUUUCUCUUCUCAUUCUCCUUCUAAUCCCCAAUCUCAAAUCAAAACCCAACAAAAAUCUCCCACCCUCUCCACCAAAACUUCCCAUAAUCGGCAACCUCCACCAACUCGGUCGCCAUCCCCAUCUCUCUUUCUGCCGCCUCUCCCAAAAGUUCGGCCCCAUCAUCCUCCUUCAACUCGGACAAAUCCCAACUCUCAUUAUUUCAUCUCCAAAAAUUGCUAAACAAGCCUUCAAAACCCACGACCUCGCUUUCUCAAGCCGCCCUUUUCUCUUCUCCGCCCAACACAUCUUCUACAACUGCACCGACAUCGUUUUUUCCCCUUACGGCUCUUACUGGCGCCAAGUCAGAAAAAUCUGCAUCCUCCAACUCCUUAGCGCCAAAAGGGUUCAAUCCUUUUCCCUCAUUCGCCAGCAAGAAGUUGCCCGUUUGGUUGAUAGAAUUUCACACUCAAACAAUCGAGUGGAUUUGUCAAACUUGUUGGGGCUGUAUGCUAAUGACGUCCUUUGUCGAUCGGCGCUUGGGAGGGAAUUUUCCGCGGGUGGUGAGUACCAUCUUCAUGGGAUUCAAAAGUUGCUUGAGGAGUAUCAGAUUUUACUUGGUGGGUUUUGUAUUGGGGAUUUGUUCCCUUCUCUGGCUUUUCUUAGUAACUUCACAGGAAUGAGAUCGAGACUUGCUAGAACAGCUAACGGGUUCGAUAAGUUGUUUGAUCAAGUUAUAGCCGAACAUCUGAAUCCCGAGAGAGAAAAACUGGAGGAGUCGAAGGAUCUUGUUGAUGUUUUGCUUGAAAUACAAAAGAAUGGAUCUGAUGAUAAAGUUCCACUGACUAUGGAUAACGUUAAGGCCAUCAUUUUGGAUAUGUUUGCAGCAGGGACAGACACGACAUUUAUAGCUUUGGAUUGGGGGAUGACGGAGCUAAUAACACACCCAAAGGCCAUGAAAAGAGCACAAAGCGAAAUUCGAAGAGUUGUUGGUGAUAGAAGAAAUGUAACAGAGAGUGAUGUUUUAGAAAUGCCUUAUUUGAAAGCUGUGGUUAAAGAGGUGCUCCGAUUGCAUCCACCGGCGCCAGUUUUAGUUCCGAGAGAAACUAUGGAAGAUGUGAGGAUUGAAGGGUAUGAUAUUCCAGCUAAAACGAGAGUCUUUGUGAAUGUUUGGGGAAUUGGGAGAGACCCGGAAUCAUGGAAGGACCCAGAAAGUUUCGAGCCAGAGAGGUUUUUAGGAAGUGGUGUUGAUUAUGGAGGAUUGGAUUUCGAGUUCCUUCCGUUUGGGGGUGGAAGAAGGAUUUGUCCAGGUAUUACUAUGGGGAUCGUCACGAUCGAGCUUGCUUUAGCUCAAAUUUUGCAUAGCUUUGAUUGGGAACUUCCUAAUGGAAUUGAAGCUAAAGAUUUGGAUAUGACCGAAGUUUUUGGUAUCACAAUGCAUAGAAAAGCUCGUUUGGAAGCUGUGGCAAAGCCUUACUUUGUGUAAUUAACUUCUCUAAUUAAUUAGGUACUCAUAUUUCAAUAAAAUUUUGUUUUCUCCCCAAAUUGGAGUAAACUUCUUGUAUCAUGUUUUUGUAAUGUUAAUGAUUAUAGUUUAUUUUCUAAAUAAAUGAGAAAGUCUCAUCAAUCAGUGUUCUACUUU